CGCGCCCGCCUGCCCGCGGCGAUGGAGGGGCUUCCCAAGGUCCACUCGGACACCCACCUCGGCGAGGGCGUGUCCGCGACCCCUUCCGUGGUCCCGUCGAGGACCGACGACGACGAGUUCGCCGCGGAUGCCGACCCCGCGCUGGGCGCUCUGGCCGGCAAGCUCCACAGGUUCGCGGUGCGAAACCAUCGAUUUUUCGCCGGGUUCGCCGCGGCCAAGUACACCAAGCACGGCCCCGGCGCCCUCUUCGUCUUCGGCAACAGCGGGUUGGAGCACACGCUCGCGGAGGAGGGCGACGGCGAGUUGUACGAGGAGGCGACGUCGUGCGAGCGACAGGCGGUGUUGGUGUGGGGGGGCAUCACCGACAGGGCCGCGGCCGACUGCGCUCUGGAGGACUUCACGAAACGGUGCGUCUCGGUGGACGCCGCGACGCUUCGACGAUCGGUGAAAGACGGGUGCGACAGGACCGCGUUCCCGCUCGUGCUGUGCGCGGGGCUCGAGUACGCCACGGAUGACGUGCGGGAGGGGCUGAGGCCGCCGCGGUGGAAGAAGAAGGACGGGGAGGGCAAGCGGGGGGGCGAGCGGGGGGGCAAGCGGGGGGGCAAGGGCGAGUACCCCGGCGAAGGGGGUUGCGCGGUGCUCAGCGUGCAGUACGGGGACUUCAGGGCGGCGCUUACGAUGGGGCUGACGAUGGGGCUGGAGGACGCGCUCGUGGUGGAGCUCGACAGGGAGGAGGAUUGACGGACAGAUCGCUUUUCACAUCGAACCCGUUAACGUU